GUAGAGUGUGAAUCGUGAAAUCUGAUGAUUUGGAAUUUUACAACCAGAUUGAAGUUUCUCAAAUAAAUCAAGUACUUAUCCGACAUAAGAAGCAUUUAAGUUGUUGCGUAGAGUAACAGUGAUAUUAGACAAUCAAAAAUUAAAAGAAAUUAUUACUUCAUUUAGCUUGUUAACGCAUUUAUCGAAUAUAUUCAAAUAAAGCAGCACAAUAAGAGAAACAAAUAAAAAUAAUAUGACAUUAAGCUUCCAAUUGACUUUGCUCUGUGUGAGCUUUCUUACAAUCGUUGCCAGUGCCGUUCCAAAGCCAGAUGAGAAACGUGUACUCGAUCACGAUUUCACACAACAUAUGGGUGACGAACAUAAUAAACAGUAUGAUCACGAACAGUUCUUAGGAGAAGAUCAAGCAAAAACAUUUGAUCAACUUGCACCAGAAGAAAGUCGUCGACGACUCGGUGUAAUUGUCGAUAAAAUUGACACAAACAAAGAUGGUUUUGUGGAUCUUUCGGAGUUGAAAGCUUGGAUUCAAUUCACACAGCGUCGUUAUAUUGAAGAUGACGUACAACGUCAGUGGAAGUCACAUAAUUCGGAAAACAAUGAUACUAUUCAUUGGGAUGUAUACAGAACAGCUGUUUAUGGCUUCAUGGACGAAAUGGAUCCAUUAGAUCUUGAAAAGGAAGACAAUGGUUUCUCAUAUAAAGCAAUGCUAACAAGAGAUAGACGAAGAUGGAGUGUUUCUGAUCGUGAUGGAGAUGAUGCUUUGACAAAGGCUGAAUUUACUGAUUUUCUUCAUCCUGAAGAAUCGCCUUAUAUGCGCGAUGUUGUCGUGACUGAAACUGUUGAAGAUAUUGAUAAAGAUAAUGAUGGGAAAAUCUCAGUGGAAGAGUAUAUCGGAGACAUGUAUCGAGCAACAGAUGAUGAAGCUGACGAACCUGACUGGGUUAAACAUGAGCGAGAAACAUUUGCAACGUUUCGUGACAAGGACGGUGAUGGAUCAUUGAAUAAUGACGAAGUCAAAGAUUGGAUUAUCCCACAAGAUUUCGAUCAUGCUGAAGCCGAAGCGAAACAUUUAAUUUAUGAAGCUGACUCUGACUCAGAUGAGAAAUUAACCAAAGAAGAAAUACUUAGCAAAUAUGAUGUGUUCGUUGGAUCGCAGGCAACUGAUUUUGGUGAAGCUUUGGUUCGACAUGACGAAUUUUAAUCAAAGCAUUCUUCAUUCUUGAAAUCUUCACAAUGCCAGUAGAAAAGCAAACUUUAAGAUAUUUUUGAUAAGAAUUUUCUGUUUUCCUUUUUUCAUAUUUUUGUAUUUAAGUUUUUUUUGAAAAUCUCGAUGCCUCUAAACUGUGGCUGGUCAAUGGAAGUGCGAAAAAAAUGUCUUACAUGAUUAAAACGAAUAUCAUAACGAAUCUCAUGAAAUGAAAUAUUUGAAAGGAAGAAAAAAAAAUCUUUUCAAAAAUCCCAAAUUUAACUAAAAGUGCAAAAUAUUUUUUAUGUUUUCUCAUUUUCAAGAAUAAGUCAAGGAGAGUUUAAACCCUUCGUUAUUUCGACAUUUUGUAAACGCAGACGGUUGUUUAAUAUCAAAUUAAAUUAAUUAUCUUCUAACAUUUCACUGCAAGGAAGUUUUUCUUCAUCUUGUGUCUUCUUUAAUUAAAAUUGAUAGUUUCAAAUCGCACAAAUUGAAAGUAAAAUUAAAAAUCACUGAAAUUGAGUUGAAUAUAAAAAUAAACGUGCCAAAGCAAGAAAGGAUGAAGAUGAAAAUGAUGACAAAUAUUUUAAUUAAUUUUUUUACUCCUUUUUACUGUUACCUACUUAGGAUGGGAAAUUAAUUUUAUCAUUGAAGUCUUUUUUUUUCUCUCUUCAACUUUUCAUUUCACUUAAUCUUUCGUCUCUCUAAAUUCAAUCAAUGUUUUAUAUGAUUUGAACGACUCAUAAUAAUAGGAAGCUUUAAUCGAAGCUUCCUUCUAAUCCAAUAAGAAGUCGAAUUAAGGCAUUAACAACAAUUAUUUCUAAACUUAAUGUUAUUUUUGCAAUUGUUUGAUGUGAAAAUUUCCAUUGAAAUGCUCAGUUUUUAAUCAAAGAAAUAAAACGACUAAUUUGAAAGGAA